GUCGUACAAUCGUAGAAUCGUACAACCUCAUCCCCGUCCACAGACAACAUGCAGUCCAAAUCAUCACAAACUGCACGUGGAACGCCGCGCCCGGAGGAGCGCCGUCCCCUCCUGGGGCCUGAUGGUGAAGUUGUACCUUAUGAACUCAUCGACGACCUAAGUAAGCCACAACGGUCACUGCCAACAUGGCUAUCAACUUGGGGCAAGACGGCCCUCAUCACCGCUCUUCUCUUGAUCAUGAGUACUCUGCUAGUCCUAGCUGUUCUCUUCUUUGGCCUGGGUAUCUCCGGCCUCCCUCAUAACCUAAAACCAUUACCACCACGCGGCCCCAUCAAGAAUGUCGUCGUCUUGGUUCAAGAAAACCUCUCCUUCGACACCUACGCCGGCGGUCUAACCUACAACCCCAAAAUUGACGGCCUCGUCAACCGGACAUACUGCAACCCAUCCAACAUUGACGACCACAAAUCCCACACCGUCUGUGCCAAACCCACCGCCAAAAACGUCGCCCCAGACGACCCGGACCAUUCCAUCGCCGGAGGCUCAAUGCAAGUCUACAGCACCUACCAUCCAAACCACACCAGCCACGCCGCCAUGAACGGCUUCGUGACCGAACAAAUCCGCUCCUACGGCAUCGACCGCGAUCUCUCCCGCGCCGCCGAAGUCAUCAACUACUACACCCCCGACCACGUGCCCGUCCUCAACGCCAUGGCCGAAAACUUCGUCCUCUUCGACUCGUGGUUCGCCGCCGUCCCGGGCCCCACAAACCCGAACCGCGCCUACCUCACCUCCGGAACCAGCCACGGACACGGAAUGAACGACAUCGACUUCCUAACCUCCUCUCUCCCCCAGGUCUCCAUCUUCGAACAACUCUCCGCCGCCAACAUCUCCUGGAUCAAUUACUCCAACGCCACUGGCUUCCUCCCAGACGCUCUCUUCUACAAAUGGACCGCCCAAUCCGGCAAAGGCGAAACGAACGUCAAACCCAUCGACCAAUUCUACCAAGACGCUAAAACAGGCUCCCUCCCCCAAUUCACAUGGAUCAACCCCGAAUGCUGCUCCUAUAUGUCCUUCCAUCCCCCUUCCCCUAUCAAUAUGGGCGAGGGCUUCAUCAAAAGUAUCUACGAAGCCAUCCGCUCCUCGCCCCAGUGGAAUGAAACCCUCUUCAUUCUCACCUUUGACGAGCACGGUGGUUUCGCGGAUCAUGUAUCCCCCCCGGAUAACGUUCCACCGGGUGAUCAUCACACGCACAAGGAGUGGGCUCUAGAUGGAAGUCAAAUCGAGUUUAAAUUCGAUCGGUUGGGAAUUCGUGUCCCGACGCUGUUGAUCUCGCCUUGGGUCGGAAAGGGUGUGGUCCAGAAUCGUCCGACCGAUCAACCUAAUGAUUUUACUCAUACUUCUAUUCUAAAGUAUGUGGCUGAGUUGUGGCAUCUGCCCGUGUUGACUCCGAGAGUCGCCUGGUCGCCGAGUUUCGGAAAGUUGGUUGGCGGUGUGUAUCGGGGUGAUACUCCUGAGAAGCUACCUGAGCCGGCGGAUUUUUAGAUGUUAGAUGAUGGGAUGGGAUGGGAUGAAGGUGAUGUGAUGAAAGUGAUGACUCAAAUGGCGUAUAUUAAAUUGUGAUCAUGAUCUCUAGGCGUAUAUAUGAUUUUAUUUUUAUGGACUA